CGGAAGCAUUCAAAAUAUAUCUUUCCCCUCGUCCCAGUGAGUUAAAGCACGUUGAGAAACAAUCAUAUUGGCAAUGUAUUUUACACAUACAUGUUACGGUAUCCUCCUACUUUACAUUCUAACAAUCACUCGGUAUUUGCGAGGUCAGGCUCACGAUUCGACGGGUAAAAUAAUAAUCCACACACCUGUUGAGUUCACAGAAUCCACACGAAAUCCUCUUUCAAGCGACAGUGUCUCCCGUAAUGAUAAACUGGCUCAUUACACCCGGACGACAAAGACCAACGUCCGUCAAACAAACCAGCCAAGAAAGCGCGUAGAAAUGCCAGCGCGAAGACAGAUCAACGAGACCAAGCCACGCGAAAUUGGUGAAUCAUACGAAAAUGUAUAUUUUCGCACGUUAUCUCAGGACUUUGAAGAAUUGAACAGAUCACGAGUUUCAGGUAGAAAACGAAUGGUGGUAUUCAAUGAUAAGAACGACAAUUACCAUGCCAAACAACACGAGGAGAAGCAUUCGGAAGGUUUACCAUUUAAAUCCUAUAGUAACAUCGAUUGCAAUCAAGGACAAUUUCAGAAUUUCCAUCGUGGAAAGUUUUCCAUCACGGGAAACGAUGAGAACCACUCACAAAUAGCAUACCACUCAGAUUCAGUAACUCCAGGAGUGCGUGCAGGAAAGAUCCGAGUUCGAGGUGAGAUGGCGAAAGCAGAGAGCUGGAUGAGAAUGGAGCCAGACGUAGAAUGUGGAGAUGAGACUAUGACCCUCACUGUCAGAGGGAGACGAGCCCUACAUCUGUUAGUAGACAGAGCGAAUGCCUCUGCUGUCCCCCUGGCCCAACUACCCUCUCAAUGUGGCUACUCCGUCGAGUCGACCUGGCGAGACUUGACGUUUGUGGUACCUUAUAAUGCCUGUCACGUCAACCAGGAAGUGGAUGGUAGUUAUGUGUUGCCUCUGAUCUGGAGAGGGACCCCUGUGAAGAUGUCCUGCCCAAUGUCCCAGGCCCUGGCCCCCUCCUCCCUCUGCUGCUCAUCUCAGGGAAUGACUGUCAGACUGCAAGUUCAAGGAGCCAAAGAGGAGCUCAGAGUCAAGGUUAGAGGAAAAUGGAUGCCACUGCUUUCGCUGGCCCUGCAGUGUGGCUACAGUAUGGACAGGCAACAUGGAGAGCUGCUCAUAUCUGCACCCUUCACUGGCUGUGGGAUCACAUCAAAGGAUGGAAAAUACACUCUCUCUCUUCAAAUAGGAGAGAAAGCCGUCACACUGGCCUGUCCUUCUCUGCCUGUCCAAGUAACACAACCCCUCCGACCUGUAGCAGAUUUCACCCAUUAUGUAACUAUGGGCCCAACAAGCUCAGUUUCCUCAACCCUGCUGUCUAACCCUUCUUCCAUAACCCUGUCUUACCCAGUGCUUCACCCAUCCUUCCCAUUCAAUCCCCUGCCCACAUUGCCCCCUGAUCAGUCUCCCAGCCCUGGUAUCCAUGUUACUUCUCCCUUGACUACAGGCCCCUCUGUCCAUCCUCCCCUGGCUCAGCGUCUUCAGGCCUACCCAUUCUCUCAGUAUUACGACCUCCACACGAUGCCCCUCAGUGAGUCAUACCAGUCACCCCUCUCCUCUAGUCCCCCCUCUCAACUCCCAACUACAGGCCCCACUGAGUCGAAGCCAGGCCACACUCCUGUCCCAAGCCACCCCAACUACAAUAACCCCCAUGUUACUCAGUAUUCUUCCACUACAGCUGGUCAUCCAGUUAACUCUGAAGCCCCCACUCUCCGACCCCCUGAGUAUACUCGCCACCUAUACUACCACAACUACUAUCACCCCAACAUCCCUAUGCUUGAGCCACCUCAAGGGCCCAGUAAUGGUGCCAAGAUGGGUACUUCCACCAAUGGUCCUCAGGUUGAACCACCUGCCCCUCACAACCUUAACCCGAUCUUCCGGGUGUUUCCGCACUACUACCUCUACCACCCCAAAGUGCCUCCCUAUAACCCACCCCAACACCCUCGGCCUGUUACCCCUGUUCCUCAUGUAACUCAUCCUCCACCCUAUCCUCACUACUACACCCCACAAACACCCAGUGGUGAAGUCAAGAGAUCCCAUCACCCUGAUAACCCUUUUAUUCAUCUUCAACCUUUGAAACCUAUCACUUCCCCUAACUCAUCUCCCACUUUACUAGAGAUCCCAUUCUACCAAUACACUCUUAAUUUUCCCUACAAGCCUCCACUGAUCCAGAAACAUAGACUUGGUCUCCAGACCAACAAUCCCUCUAGACCCAUGGACGAACAUCCUCCAGUUGUCCCAUCUCCCCCUGCGUCGUCUCCUGAUCAAAGUGGAAAGUCACACCCUCAUGGUCACCUGAAAUGGCCUCCACAACAACAACCCUCCAAUUCACACGCAGCCCAGAGCCUGUCUACUAGUUCUACCUCUGUUACCCGUGCUGCAACCCAAUCUCUUCUCUUUCCAAACUUCCCCCCGUUGUACUACCCUCAUCUGAAAUCACCCAUCAGCAACCCUCAACAAGAACAAAACCCUGUUACUGUCCUCCCCACUGCUCCGCCUGCAUCCUCUUCAACCUCUACUCCAGCAUCUGGCCAUCCAGUUUAUCCACACUACUACGAUCACCCAUACUAUUACUACUCAAUGCCUUAUGAUCCAUACAGAUUACCCCAACCUGUUGAUCAUGCAUCUUCUGCCCCAUCUAAAGGAGCUCCGACUCCUCUAUCUCAGACCCCUGCUCAUCACACUAUGGAAACCUUUCACCAACCAGCCCUUCCAUAUGACUAUUCCCAGGCCAAAAUGCCUAUCCAGAUUACUACCCAACCUCUGCCUUCUCCUGCCACUAACAGUCCUCAAACCUCCACUCCAACCCCAGAAUCUACAACUCCUGAAAUCCCACCUUUUCCCUUUGACCCCUACUACUACCAUCCUGGAAUGUCCAUCUACGACCAGGACCAAAGCUUUGAUCCCAGUACACACACUGAAAAGACAUCAGGGGCUCAAGCUUCCCUAGAUUCUGACUAUUAUAGAAGAGGAAGCUUUGCCCGCACUCCUGUGGCGAGUCCAACGCAUGCACCCCAUCCUACCACCAACCCCACUCAUAACCCCUCACACCAUCACAUCAUUCAUCCACAACCUUCAACCAUUCCUUCGCCUCAUCGUCCCAACCCAGGUCCCCCUGGAGAUCUGUCAGACUCCGUGAUGAAAGACCCUGGUUUCAAGGCUGAUACACACACACCCUGUGGCUUGUCUGACCAGGACUGUGACGGAUCCUUAGGUUGCUGCUCUUACCUUGUGAAUGAGUGUACAUCGGGGCGUCAAUUUGUCUUUGCGGUCCCUGGCUCUCUGGUGGACCCCACGGUCUCCCUUCCCCCUCUACCUGCGGACAGCCAUGUUUCCUGUACCCCCCAGAGGAUGACCUCUGACCUGUACAGUGUACCCCUGGAUGGCUGUGGAGUGCACAGAUAUGAGGAUGGUCAGGCCAUGGUCCACUUGUUGGAGUUCAACGCUCUACUUUCCACACAACAUAAACACAGCACCACGUCUGAAGACUCACCUGUCCGGUUGAUGGUGGAGUGCAGGUCUUUUCCUGGUUCUCCCGGAAGGGUGAGGUACCAGGUGAUGAACACCACCCCUAGCCCCCCUGUCCCCACUCAGGGCUCAUUGGCUGUCCAGCUACGAAUCGCUACAGAUGAGCACUACAGCAGCUUCUACUCAGAGAAACAUCGACCACUCAGUCUACUUCAGGGGCGACCUUUGCACCUGGAAGUGGGUCUGCUGAGCCCCCCAGACAUGGCCCCUGGCCUGGUGCUCCUGGUGCACUACUGUCUGGCCUACCCAGACACACCACGGGCCCGCUGGCUGCUCAUCUAUGAUGGCUGUCCCAGCCGUGGUGACUCCCAGGCCCCUGCCCAACCCCGUCACACCCGGAGGCUCACAAUCACCACCUUCCAGUCUUUACCCACAGGAAGUCCCUCCCCCCUGGAGAUCUACUUCAUGUGCUCCACGGAGGUGUGCUCCCCAUCAGACGGGGACUGUAUUGAGGGCUGCUUCAGUUUAGUUUAAUUAACACUCCUAUAACUGUUUGGACAAUUGUGAGCACAAGGUAGGAGUAUAAACCAUCCAUUUCUUGAAGUUACUAAAAUGUACUGUAUUAAUACUGUAGUGCUCAAAUGUAUGUGUUUCUUAGUGUGAAACUUGACACUCGUAUUUGUUACAUUAACUGUUAUUCAUUUGUAGGACCAAAGCUGGACAACUG